AUGGUCUCACAGCAAGAUCGCGAACUCCUGCGCGCGGAUGUCCGCUUAAGGGGAAACAAGCUCUCCCCUAGCGAUCGAGAGCAACUCUUGAAACCAUACCUACCAGAUCCCUCCGACCUCAAUCCCCGAGCCUCGAGCUCCCAGCGCCAGGCGAGUCGCAAAAAGCCUAUUAGAGCUUUCGUGAAAUCGCAAGUUCACCACCUCACAUAUGCCUUGGCACACAUCAUCUUCGGUAUUGUGGUACGCUUGCUGCAGGCGUAUCAUGCUGUCGUGGAGCGCGUCUUCGCUAUCGUAUAUCACCACCACCGCACUCCCGAGCUGAUCCGCAAGGAUGUAAGAGGCUUAAAGCGUUUACCUCAACACUUGAGUGUGAUCUUGAGUCUGCGCGCGGACGACGAUGCUUUGGCAGUUUUAAUGGACGAGGUGGCAGAGCUGGCUGCCUGGAGCGCAUGUGCCGGGAUUCCGCAACUCAGCAUUUAUGAAAAGACCGGUACUCUCAAGUCAGGCAUUCCAGCUCUACAUCAGAUCAUAACCACAAAAAUGGCAUCUUACUAUGGUUCUCCAUCGCAGCAGCCUGUUCUACAGGUGUAUGCACCCCAUCACCCCGCCCAUGGCAACGCCCCAAGCUCCCAGCCCGAGAAUCCUUCCCUGACUAUUCUUCUUCUAUCUUCAACCGAUGGCCGCGAGACGAUUGUGGAUCUGACCAAGACUCUGGCCGAAAUGUCACAGAAUGGAAAGCUAUCUCCAGAAGAUAUCACACAAGAGCUCAUUGAUGCAGAGAUCAGUGACAUCACCUCCCAGCCUCUUCAAGACUCGGUUGGCCGGGACACGUCUAAGCUCCUCAAUCCUGAGCCGGACCUUUUGUUGGUAUUCGGGUCAUACUUGAGACUGGAUGGCUAUCCUCCGUGGCAGCUUCGUCUGACGGAGAUGUAUUGUACCGGUGAUCAUAACCACGGUAUGACUGGAUAUGGAGAAGCAGUUGAAUAUCAAGGAUUCAUGCGGGGAUUGUGGCAUUACGCUGGGGCUCAAAUGCGGUUCGGACGGUGA